AUGAGUGGGAAAGGAGAGCUUUCUAGCAGAGUCAUGAACAUGAAGUUCAUGAAGUUUAUGAGGCCUGAGGGACAGGACAACAAGGAUGAGGGCACUAGUAAACACACACACUUAGAUGCGUCCAAAUGGGAUCUUAAGAGCAGUGUAAACUCUGAUAGCACUAACAAAAGACGAGUUGUGGUCAAGCGAGCCAGUAAAGCUCUUAAAAUAAUGGAAAAUGUUGGUAUCACCAGUGUCAAAGCAGAAGAUGAUUCAAACAAAAGUAGUGCUCUGCAUGGGAGAAGGAUAUUUGGCGAGAAUAAGAACAAACGUGUGGCAGAGGAGGAGGAGGAAAAUAAGACUGAACAAGAGCCAAAGCAAGAGAAGGAUAUGGACGAGCUUUUCAAGGAAUCCCGAAGAAAUACAAAACCUAAGAAAAAGUCUCACAAGAAACAUAAGAAGGCAUAA